GUAGCAGGCCACUGCUGCAAUCUGACAGUUGCAGCAGCAGAAGCUAGCCCGUAGCAACCGGCUGCAACUGACCGAUAUAUACUUACCAUGGCAAGGCUGUUUCUCGCGUGCGUGGUUCUCCUUAGCUUCACGAUGGCCGUGGCGGCAGCGAGGCCGGCGGCGACGGCCGACGACGCGCCACCGGCGGGCAACUGCGACCAGGAACUGAGUGACCUUAUAGCCAACUGCCAGGACUACAUAAAGUUCCCGGCGAAUCCCAAGAUCCAGCCGUCGGAGGCCUGCUGCGCCGUGAUCCAGAGAGCGAACAUACCGUGCCUCUGUUCCAAGGUCACCCCGACGGUCGAGACGGUCCUCUGCAUGGACAAGGUCGUGUACGUCACCAACUACUGCAAGAGGCCCCUCCAGCCAGGAUCCAACUGCGGAAGCUAUCACGUCCCUGGUUCGCUCGCUUAAUGCUCGUGUGCAUGUGUCUAUCAAGACGAUUAUGGAUGCUAUUUUCCUACAUUUUGCUUAUGUAUUGUCAUCCUCUGUGUUUGUCUGUCCGCCAAGAGAUAGUCUGUGCGAUCAGACUGUCUCCUGAAUGAAUUUGUAAGCAUUACAUGUAUGAAACAUAUUUAUGAGUGA